AUGAUUCCAAUAUAAAAAUUAGCUUCUUUAUUGAUUCGUACAUUCUCAAAACCUCUGUCUAAUUAAAUUAAGAGAUAUGCAUUAAAUAAGCAUAGAUCUAAAAAACCCAGCUUUGUAAAAACAGCCUUUGUGUUCUUAGGGAACAAAUACCAUAAUUUUGAGACUUUUAUUAAUCGAAAAUCUAUUGGAAUUAAAAGUUAAGAAAUGUUUUUUAAACCUUUGAGUGAUGAAGCAGCUUUAAAUAAAGGUAGUAUUUGAUUAAUUUUAGGAUCUGAUUUAUUUGCAGAUAUAUUUGUUUAUGCAUGUAUUUUAGGAAUUCCUUUGUUGGAGUUGUACAAAUCUUAAAGAGAUUCAGCCAAGAAAUCAUAAGAAUAAGACACUGCGCUUUAGAACUAUUAAACUGUAAUUAUAUAGUCAAAAUAGAGUAAAUAGAUAAUCUUAAAUAAUUAAAUGAUCAAUUCUAGAUUGAAUAUAGCAGAAUAGUGGCAGAAAAUUAAUAUAUUUAGCAAUCUCUAAAACAUUUUGAAAAAGAUAUCGAUGAUUAAGUCCAACAUUUAUAAAAACAACUAAAAUCUUGA